UGUAACAAUGACUGCGGCAACAAGCACUGCAAGGACCUCAGUGAUGCCCCACAUCCUGAUGACCUUGGUGAUGACGAUGAUGAUGACGCAGGUCGUGAAGACUCUCCAUCAGCAUAAUCCACUUUCAAGUGUGCCUGACCUUCUCUGGAAAAGCCAGAGAGUGACGUCAUCAGUGAUCCGAGAGUCCUGGAUGCCCGGAUGUACCUUCCUCUUCAUCACAGAUGGAACGACGUCCUCGGCAUCUCUUCACAAGCUUCUUCAGAGCAUCCGGCCGGAGACAAACGUUGGAAUCUUUGAAUUUACGAACCAAGGCCCGGAUAAUACAACUCUAACCCUCAUGACAUCACAGAUACGUAAGAUCGAAAAGUCAUCGUGGUGUGUCAUGCUGAUCGUAGUUAGCGACGGCUUUAAGUACCUCAGUGAUGUCCUUGACAUUGCCAUCAGUACAGAACUUCUAGUUUGGCCGACGAGGCUUCUGGUCGUCACCAGUUUACCAACUGAACGCCUUCGUCCCCUCCAGCAGCGGCUCUCUCCCAUCAACGCUUUGGUCAUCACUGCUGAUGGGGAUUCGUCACAGGCUAAAAGAGGCAACGUGUACAUGUACGUGCCUUACAGCCACCGAAGUGUCCUCGUAGCAUCAUGGUCUCCAAUAUUUGGGCUUACUUAUAACGAAAACCAUCGACUGUUUUCAAACAAAUUCCAAAGGUUAGCCGACGGUGCGAAUAUGACGGUGGUAGGAAACAACUUCCCUCUGCAUGUGAUCAUUUCACCAAAAGAGACGGAGAACGGGAAAGUGGAAUUCUCGUUCCAGGGUCCUUUGAUUAAAGUACUCGAAAUGCUCUCCGCUCAAAUGAACUUCACGUACGAUCUGACCCAACCCUUAGAUGGAGGCUGGGGUGUCGUUUUCCCCAAUGGAUCUUGGAAUGGCAUGAUAGGAAUGAUGAUCAGAAAGGAAGUGGAUUUCGCUCUGGGACCCUUUGGGGUGACCUACAUCAGGUCAAAAGUCAUCGACUACACGGACCCCCUGAUCAUGGACUACGGCAGGAUCCUCGGCCGGAGAGGAGACACGGAGAUCGACCCCUGGGGAUUCUUGAUGCCCUUGACGCCCUCUGUGUGGGCGGCGUUUUUGGCCUCGCUCGGCCUAGUACUCCUGCUCGCAGUGCUGGCAUCCAGAAUCGAUUGGAACUCGAGAGAACUUUCACCCAAAAUACCUGUCGCAACCUACUUACGAGUAAUGUUUCAACAAGAUACCAUAGUCCCCUACGACAGCGGCUGGGAGAAAAUGAUGCUCGGAGGAUGGGUUCUCGCUAUUCUGGUCGUCAUCGAAUGUUACAACUCCAACUUGACUUCUCUUCUGGCAGUGCGCUACAUCGCAGAACCCUAUCAGUCCAUGAGAAUUCUGCUGGAUGAUCCCAAGGCCAAGAUGGUGUGGGUGGCCAACACUGCUUACGCCCAGCAUCUGGCGGAUGUGGAUUCGGGCAUAUUCUACGAGGCAAAACAGACUGCGAAGGUAGGGAGAAUAAAGUACAUAAAGGCUCCCGAAUACAUAACCGCUGUGGACGACCUGGUAUCAAGAGGAGAUUACGUUCUCAUUAAUCCUUUGAUUAUCAUGAAGAUAUUCCUGACAGAAAGUUACAUGGAAAAAGGAAACUGCAAGUUCUACGUGUCUAAGGAAACCUUUUUGCCUCAGACCUUCUGCAUGGUGGUUCCUAAGAACAGUCCUCUUCGCUACCCAAUCAAUGAAGGGAUAAGGGCGGUGGUGGAGGGAGGACUCUACGAUUACUGGCUGGACAACGUCAUUCCCAACGCCAAGUCGUGUAAGAACCCGCCGACGAAGAUGACUGUCCAGGCGGUUCUCUCCUUCAGGAAUCUGUGGGGAGUAUUUGCUGUUCUUGUCACCGGGUACACCAUCAGCUUCAUAACGUUAUGUGUGGAAAUCAUAGUGUCGAAAGCAAAGCAAUUUGGAAAUUUCCAGUGAAGACGAAGACAUCCGAAGAGAGAGAGAGAGAGAGAGAGAGAGAGAGAGAGAGAGAGAGAGAGAGAGAGAGAGAGAGAGAGAGAGAGAGAGAGAGAGAGAGAAUAUUCGGCUAUCAGAUUUUUUUGUCUCGCUGUCACUGUUGCGGGGAAAAUUAUGACAUAAAUACGUAUUAUUUGUCAUUUUUUGGAAUGCUUAUUAGUAAGAAAACCAUUCACUAUGGACCAAAGUGUUGAAAAAUGUUUCCAGCCAUCUGUAAGCGCAAAAUUAA